UGGUUGAAGCCUGGGGCACCAGAUAAUGCCUUUUGGCCCAAAGCACUGUACAGAGCGUGCUUUUUCCUGUCCUGGGAAAGUUAAGGUUGAACUGCUUAGCCUGAAGUUUAACAGGCCUUGGGAAAUCCCCUCAAUUCAGACUAGAGCAGAGUUUUUUUUUACUUUUUUUGUUUUUUUUAUUGGAAACAAACUUGGGUUUGCUUUAGAAACCCUUAUUUGGUGCACCAGUCUGGCUGCUUCACAGACAUUUCAGCUUGGCAAAUAACUGGGAGCUGAUUGCUAGCAGUGGAAAAGCUGCUGGCUGUCAGGAGCCCACUGAAGUCCCAACACAGACAUGAGCAAGGAAGCUUCCUGUUGAGACUCACUCAAAGAAAAAACCCCAAAAGGAGAACUCGUCUCAGGAUGAGACUGCAAGGGCAAAGGAGAAGGACUUUUAACACGAACAGGUUCCGUCCACUCACCGACAGCUGCGGGAGGAUGCUUCUCCCGACCACUGCAGUCCCUGAGAGGAGAACCUGGCUGCUCCUCCUUCUGCUGUGUGGCCUGCAGAGAGCCGCUGGAGGUUCUAAGGUUGAAAUUAAAAUUGAUUUUAACUUGGCUCCAGAUUCCUUCGAUGAUCAGUACCAAGGCUGUAGCCAACAGGUCAUGGAAAAGCUGAGUCAAGGGGAUUAUUUCACAAAAGAACUAGAAACCCAUAGUAAUUACUUCAGGGCCUGGCAAAAAGCACACAUCACCUGGCUAAACCAAGCAAGAGCCCUCUCCAAGAACAUGACAGUUCCACAUGCUGUAGCCAUCCUGGUUUAUAUGUUGGACAACGGUAUGCGCUCUGACUUCACUAAAGCCAUGGCCAGUGUUGGCAGCUCUCCACAGCACUACAAACAUUCAUUCCACUUCAAAUAUCUCCACUAUUACCUGACCUCAGCCAUCCAGCUGCUGAAGAAGAGCCUCCUGAAGAAUGAUUCUCUGUGCUAUGAGGUGUACCACUGGGCAAGGGAUGGCUACUUAGAAGCCCACACAGGUGCCACCAUUCGAUUUGGCCAAUUCCUCUCCACCUCCCUCCUUAGGGAAGAGACACAGAAGCUUGGGAACCAAACACUAUUUACCAUAUUUACCUGUCUGGGUGCACCUGUGCAAGAUUUCUCCCUCAAGAAGGAGGUCCUGGUCCCUCCCUAUGAGUUGUUUGAAGUCGUAAAUAUGAGCUACCACCCAGGAGGAAAUUGGUUGCAAUUGCGGUCAACUGGAAAUUGGAGCACAUACAACUGCCAGCUGCUAAAAGCUUCCAGCAAGAAGUGCAUCCCUACUCCUUUAGUUAUUGCUACUGCUCUCUUUUUGACCAGUGUCAGAAUUGUUUCCAAAAGAAUAUAGAGGAAUCCUGUGGUUUUGCCUGCUCUGCAUCUCUUCUUCUUUAUUAUGUUCAGGGCACCCUGACUACCAUUGGAGAAUCACUCUGCCCACUCCCCACUUGAUGCAGAGCUUGCUGAGCCCACUGUCCAGGACUGGGCUUUAAACUCUGGCCUUAGCUUAUCAGUAUAUUUGUCCCCCAGGGACACAGAGAUUCAUGUUCAAAUAACAAAUGACCCAGUCAGAGCCUGUGAGGCACAAUCCAGGGUAUUUUAUUGGCAUUAAGGUCAAGGGAGGGUUGGGAGUCUCUCUUUUCUGUGGAAAUUAAUGAAAGAAGGGUGUGAACCAGGAGCUGCUAGAAGCUUUUUGCCAGCAGGAGAGAAGACCCUACUUUCCUGCGAAUGGAGCUAACACAAUGAACAAAGAGCUGAGAAAAGAAGAGAAACUGAAUCCAGAUGAUAGUGUAUGAACCUCCAGAUACAACUAUGCCUGAAGCUAGAACUCCGAACUUCUUCAUUGCAUAAAUCAAUAAAUGUUAUUUUUGCUCAAAUAAGUUAAAUUAGAUUUUCUGUACCAAACAAAUAAAGGAGUUCGAAUGAA